AUGUGUGAGCAAAAACAGCCACUGCCAAUGCCAUCUGGCUUAAACCGUGUGAUCUUGAGCGACUCUCUAUCAGAUUACAUGAGUCACAAUCAUUCUAGAGUCAAACUAGAAGAAACACUUACCCCCAGUCAUAGAAAGAUCAAGUUUAUGAAGGUUGAAGAAUCCAGGAGUAUCAAAUUAGAGAUUGAUAUACUUUUGUCCCUUACCAGAAAUGCUAUAGAACAGCAAGAUGAACAUUUCGUUCUACAUGUAGGUGGCCAAGGCAAAACGGGGAAGACCAUUUUGUGUUGUCCCUACUAUGGUUUUGAGAAGAUGAAGGGUCCACCUAUCAAGCAAAUAGCGGUGUUAUUGAAUCUUUUGAAAUGUAUAUCAAUGAAGAUCAAAACCCAUGACCUGUGUACAGUUCGCGAUGUUUUUUACCUUAAUGUUGAGCUCUACCAAAAUCAGAAAAUCGUAGCUACGUGGCUGCGAAACAUUGUCGAUGCUUUUGAACUCCCCCAAUUGGACGCACUGGGAAUUGUGGCAGCACAAAAAGGUUUAUUUUGCACGCCCGUGGAGUUGAGAUUCGACUUCAAUAAGUUGAUCGCGAGACAGCAAAGCUCUCUGGUUCCCCUCAUAGCUGCAUCCACCGAAUUGGAGGCAGAUUGGUCAGGUUUGGAAAGGGUGAUCGUUUUUGAGAAGGAUGCAAUUUUUAGUAAAGUUGCCGACCACCCUUCAAUUAGCGAGCGAUGUAUGCUCGUCACGGGUAAAGGAUACCCAGAUUGGCUAACUCGUCAUUUUCUUUACAAAUUGAUGCUUUUCUGCCCAGAUCGAGUGUUCUUUGAAGUGUACACCGAUAGUGACCCAUACGGGAUUGACAUAGCUCUCAAGUAUAUUCACAACGAUAUCAAAGCAACGUAUCAAUGUCCUCGACUGAAUUACAGGGGCGUCUUAAUGCAUGAAGUUAUAGCAAACAAGGAUUCCCCUGCUGGACUUCGGUUAUUGAACUUGUCUUCCCGGGACUUUGCCUACGCAAAGAAUUUACUCAGAAAAUUGAACGACGUCCCCAUAAGAACUCGAAACAAGAAAACAUUGAUUCAAGAGUUGCAGAGACAAAUGUUUUACUUCAAGAAGGCGGAGAUGAACACGAUCAAUGGCUCCAAUUUUUGCGACUACUUUCUCAUCAAGAUAGGUGAAACAACCUCCCAAAAAAGAUAA